AUGGAAACCACGCUGUUCUUCCCAGCAGUCACCUUUCCCUGUCACGAGUAUCAUGAUGGCAAACUUUCUGCCAAGAAAGACAGGAGCUGGAAGCGAGGGCAGAAGGACUCGGUGGGGGCCUCUCCACAGCUCCCCAGACAGGACUAUGAGGCGCUGCAGGAAAGGUGCCUGAGGGACGGCUGCCUCUUUGAAGAUGACACCUUCCCAGCCACCCUGAGCUCCAUCGGCAGUGGGCACCUGCUGCAGAAGCUCCCAGGGCACCUGCAGUGGAGGAGGCCGACGGAACUGCACAUCAACCCCCACUUCUAUUCUGCCGAGGCCAAAAGGCUGGAUCUGUGCCAGGGAUUAUUAGGUGACUGCUGGUUCUUGGCUGCUUUGCAAGCUCUGACUUUGCACCAGGACAUCCUGAGCCGGGUCGUCCCCCUGAAUCAGAGUUUCACCAAGAACUAUGCUGGCAUCUUUCAGUUCCGGUUCUGGCACUUUGGGAGGUGGGUUCCUGUGGUGAUAGAUGACCGACUGCCCGUGAAUGAAGCUGGCCAGCUGGUCUUCGUCUCUUCCACCUUCAAGAAUUUGUUCUGGGGAGCUCUUCUGGAAAAGGCCUAUGCUAAGCUCUGUGGCUCCUAUGAGGACUUGCAGCGUGGACAGGUGUCUGACGCCCUUUUGGACUUCACCAGUGGGGUGACAGUGACCAUCAAACUGGCAGAAGCCCCUGGAAACCUCUGGGACAUCCUGACCCAAGCCACCUAUGGCAGAACCCUCAUCGGCUGCCAGACCCACUCAGGGAACGAGAGGGUGCUGGAGAACGGGCUCGUGGACGGUCACGCCUACACUCUCAUAGGAAUCAGGAAGGUGACCUGCCACCACAAGCCUGAAUAUCUAGUCAAGCUGAGGAACCCUUGGGGGAAGGUGGAAUGGAAAGGAGAAUGGAAAGGAGACUGGAGUGACAGCUCAAGUACAUGGGAACUACUGAGCCCCAAGGAGAAGAUUGUGCUGCUGAGAAAAAAAGAUGAUGGAGAAUUUUGGAUGACGCUUCAGGACUUCAGGGCACAUUUCAAGCUCCUGGUCAUCUGUAAACUGACCCCAGGCCUGCUGAGUCACGACGUGGGCCAGACGUGGUCAUACACCUCGCAGGAGGGGAGAUGGGAGAAGGGAACCACAGCUGGGGGCCCCAUAAAGUUUCACCAAGACACAUUUUGGAGGAACCCGCAGUUCCUGCUGUCCGUCUGGAGGCCCCAGGAGGGCAGGAUGUUCCCGAUGCCCUGCAGCGUGUUGGUGUCCCUGCUCCAGAAGCCCAGGCACAGGCACCGCAACCGGAAGCCUCACCUCGCCAUCGGCUUCUACCUCUUCAGGAUGAACAGGUUCCAUGAUGACCAGAAGAAACUGCCCCCUGAGUUCUUCUUGCAAAAUACCCCCCUGAGUUUUCCUGAAGUGUUUCUCCCAGAAAAAGAAGUGAGUCAGGAGCUGUGGCUGGAGCCGGGGACGUACCUCAUCGUGCCCUGCACAUCGGAGGCCCAGCAGGAGUCGGAGUUCGUCCUCAGAGUCUUCUCCAGGAAGCACAUCUUCUAUGAAAUUGGCAGCAAUUCCGGAGUUGUCUUCUCUAAGGAAAUUGUAGACCAAACUGAAGGGCAUGAUGAAGUCUUCACCAAACUCUUUGAAAAGUGUCCGGAAAUAAAUGCAGCUCAACUGCAGAGGAUCCUGAACCAGCUGACCUGGUCGGGUCUGGGGAGUACACAGCCCCUCUUCAGCCUCGAUGCCUGCCAGGGUAUCCUGGCCCUACUGGACCUUAAUGCAUCAGGCACCGUGAGCAUCCAGGAAUUCAGGGACCUGUGGAAGCAGCUGAUGCUCUAUCAGGCGGUUUUCCACAAGCAAGACAGUAACCGGUCAGGAUGCCUGAACUGGUCCCAGCUGCGGGCUGCCACGAAGGAUGCAGGAAUCGUGCUCAGCGAUGACAUCUGCCUGCUGAUGCUUAUCCGCUUUGGCGGCCCCAGGCUCCAGAUGGACUUUGUCAGCUUCGUCCUCUUGAUGCUGCGAGCGGAGAAGACUGAGAGUGUCUUCCAAAACUUAACCCAAGAUGGCAAAGGGAUAUACCUCCAGAAGCCAGAGGAGGAGAUCCUCAGGGCCAUCCAAGGAGUCCUCCAGGGAGUGGCAGCCAACUGA